CCUAUAUAAAACUUAACACACAUUUCAAUUUAUCAGAACCAACAAACGAAUCGGCCCCCAUUUUCCCCUUUUACGUUCGAAGAUCCUUCAAAACCAAGAAAAAAUAAAACCCAUUUCAUUCCCCAUAGCUAACUUUUCAUCUUCACUUUCUGCUUGAGGAAGAAGAUGGGGAGUGAAAAGUUUGGGCUAUGGCUAUUUUUUGUUGCUUCUGUACAGUUUUUCCUUAAAGCACAGUGUAUUAAUGUAGGAAUUACUUAUGUUCAAGAUGCUGUUAUCAAAGGAGCUGUUUGUUUGGAUGGAAGUCCUCCAGCUUAUCACUUCAGCGACGGGUUUGGCUCUGGGAUCAAUAAUUGGUUGAUUCAACUCGAGGGAGGAGGCUGGUGCAACAAUGUCACAACUUGCCUCCAACGCAGGGACACUCGUUUAGGAUCGUCUAAGAAAAUGGUAACCCAGCUUGCGUUCUCGGGAAUUUUGAGCAAUAAACCGCAAUUCAAUCCAGAUUUCUAUAACUGGAACAGAAUCAAGGUUCGAUACUGUGAUGGAUCUUCUUUUACUGGAGACGUUGAAGCCGUUGAUUCUGCUACCAAUCUCCAUUUCAGGGGAGCAAGAGUUUUUCGUGCCAUCAUCGAUAACCUACUCGCCAAGGGAAUGAAGAAUGCAAAAAACGCUAUUCUCUCGGGUUGCUCAGCGGGUGGAUUAAGUUCCAUUUUGCAUUGUGAUAACUUUAAAUCUCUACUUCCUCCUACUACUAAAGUGAAGUGCCUCUCAGAUGCAGGAUACUUCAUCAACGCGAAAGACGUCUCUGGAGCACAACACAUCGAAGGCUUCUACAGCGAUGUAGUUACCACCCAUGGUUCUGCCAAGAACUUGCCUAUAUCAUGCACGUCAAAAAUGAAACCUGAGAUGUGUUUCUUUCCUCAAAAUGUGGUUCAGCUCAUUCAGACUCCAAUAUUUCUUGUAAACGCAGCUUAUGACUCAUGGCAGAUAAAGAACAUACUGGCACCUGGUGUUGCUGAUCCACACGGUACUUGGCACGAAUGCAAGCUCGACAUCAAAAACUGCUCACCAAUUCAGCUUCGUACUAUGCAGGACUUCAGGGUUCAGUUUUUGAGUGCAUUGAAUGGGGUUGGAAGUUCUUUAUCAAGAGGAUUGUUCAUAGAUUCUUGCUAUGCCCACUGCCAAACCGAAAUGCAGGAGACGUGGUUACGAACGGACUCUCCCGUGCUGAGUAAGACGACCAUUGCAAAGGCAGUUGGAGACUGGUUUUUCGAUAGGGCUCCGUUCCAGAAGAUCGAUUGUCCUUACCCGUGCAACCCGACUUGCCACAACCGCAUCUUCGAAGCAAAAGACCACCUCGAAUAAGGGGUUUGGUAUAUCACCACAGUUACGUUAUAGUUUACGAUUGAAAAAAUAUAGUAAUUUGAAUGCAAUUUAUGAGAAAAAUGUAGAGGGGAAUCAUCAUUCAUCUAAGUGCUUGGAAAUAAGAAACGAAGGCCAUUGCUGCACCAACCGCAGGGUGUCUUCUUUUACCAUUGUUUAAAUUCGCUAUUGGCUUAUCAUUUACCUUAUUGUUGAAAAUUAAACAUACUUCCAUUUAAUGUAUAUUUCCCUUCGGAAAUCUAUUACCUUUUAUCGCAAUAAUAUCUUUUACCCCUUGUAGAUUUCUAUUAUACCAAGAUUAAUAUCACUUGAUA